ACGGUUGGAAUUUUGGCAAUGAAUCCGUUGAAGAAUAGAGGGCGGAGGUGGACAGUUGUACUGAAACCCAUAUAUCAUUUAUUCAUAUAGAAUAUAUUUAUCAUUCAUCCGGCGCAUAAUAUGGUGUUGGUUUUUUUUUUUUUUCCUCUCAUGUCUAAAUAAUUCUCUCUUUCUUAAAAAAAAAAAAAACUAACGCAUUAAUUCUUGUUAUGAAAUAUAAUAUGGAUGCACAUUAUACCCCCGUUAAUAUAUCCGGGAUAUUCUAGGGUUUUGUUCUCCAAGUAAAACCCUAACUAUUGUAUUGUAUAUAUAUACCCUGGACUAUAUGGAAUAAGAUACAACACGAUUCUCUCUUCUUUCUCCUGUUUAUUUACAACACGUUAUCAGCACCAACCGCUCACACUUCCGAAACACUCUCUUCCACGCCGUCAAUUUCACCUCCGCCGCUUAUCUCGUCUCCUCCAUUCUCUCUAAGUAUACUAUGUCGAACCUUACAAAGCUUGAAUUUGCGGCCCUUGAUAUUACUGGACAGAACUAUUUGUCUUGGGUGUUAGACGCUGAAAUUCACCUAGAUGCAAAAGACCUUGGUGAUACAAUCAAAGCAGGCAAUAAAGCAACAAGUCAAAACAAAGCUAAGGCUAUGAUAUUUCUUCGCCACACCCUCCAUGAAGGUCUUAAGAUUGAGUACUUGACUGUGAAAGAUCCACAAGUCCUUUGGAGUAAUCUAAAGGAAAGGUAUGACCACCAGAAAACUGUAAUAUUACCCAAAGCUCGUUAUGACUGGUUACAUUUACGACUACAAGACUUUAAGUCUGUAAGUGAAUAUAACUCAGCUAUGUUCAGAAUUACUUCACAGUUGAAAUUAUGUGGAGAGAAAAUCACUGAUGCAGAAAUGCUAGAGAAAACAUACACUACCUUUCAUGCGAAUAAUGUUGUCCUGCAGACACAAUACCGUGAAAAGGAAUUUAAGAAAUAUUCUGAACUUAUAUCUUGUCUCCUUGUGGCUGAGCAAAAUAACGAGCUACUGAUGAAAAAUCAUGAAUCACGUCCAACUGGUUCUGCUCCAUUCCCUGAAGCGAAUGCGACAUCCCAUAACGGAAAAGAAAAAUAUCAUGCCAACAAUAGUGGACGUGGACGUGGACGUGGACGUGGACGUGGACGUGGACGUGGACGUGGACGUGGACGUGGAUAUGGACAUGGUCGAGGACGUGGACGUGGACGUGGAUACGGAUAUGGUCGAGGUCGAGGCCGAGGUGGUUAUUUCCAGAAUUCAUAUUCCCACCAGAAGGGGACAAUAAAGAUGAUAACAAACAAGAGAAACAUAAAAAUGAGAACGUGACCAAUGUGUUUACAGAUGUGGAGGAAAAGGUCAUUGGUCUCGUACGUGUCAUACACCAAAACACUUGGUUGACCUUUAUCAACAAUCAUUAAAGAAGCAAAAGGGAAAGAAAGUAUAAACAAAUCUUGUGUACGAAGAUGGCGAAGGUGACUUUGAUUGUGGCAAUACAACUCACCUGGAAGUUGCUGAUUUCUUCACCACCCCUGAAGGGAAUAACUAAUCCUUAGAUUAGAUUAUGGUCAUUUAAAGAAUAAAACUUUAUUUUCGUUUAUUAAGUUAUUACUAUGGAUUUUUGUUUGGAUUAUGUUAUUUUAUUUUAGCUUUUAUUUGUUAGUACCAUGAUUUUAUAUGACAUUGUUAAAUUUUGAUUAUUUAGUUUUUCUUAUAUAUAUUGUUAUUUCAUUUAUUUGAAGAAUAUGAAUACCCCUCAAGUUCAGUUAGCAAUGAAUGGUGAAGAUUUAUGCCUAGCAGACAGUGCAACUACUCAUACCAUACUAAAAAGCAAGAGAUAUUUCUCUUAUUUGACAAUGAAAGAAACUAGUGUGAGUACUAUAU